UACACCGUGACCUGUGAGCAGAGAAGACCUGCUUUUCCAUUUAAUAUGUAUCCAGUGGUUCGAGAAGACAGUAUAAAAUUGAACUAGCUAAAUGAUGUGUCGCUUGGACAAGUUAUAAGCUGGAUGCCUCAGACAACGGCUAAUGAUUCGUGCAUGGUUUAAAUACAUUGUCUUUCGUUCCUGUUCCAGUGUUAGCCCUGUAGCUGCAGUGGAAGUGAACCUCUGACAGUUCUCCAACUGCACUUCUGCCCUUUCUCAAUGAGGUACAGAGGAGCGCAGAUCUGUCUCUGGGCUCACGGCUCGUGCUGUCUGUCCCGCCUCUCCCUGCCCGGAUCUCUCUCUGGCAGAGUCGCUCCGGUCCGAACCUACAGCUCUCACCAUCAGCCUGGAGCCCCCCCACCCACUAACCCUGCACCUUCCGAUGGGAAGGGUGGAGCUGAGUUGGCGAAGGAGCGUGCCCUAGCUGCCUUACAGCAGGCAGGUGAGUUGGGGCGGCAGUGGGGCCAGAGGUCGGCUCAGUCGGCCUCCGUGACAGUCAACCACUGGUGGGCCAGGUACGAGGAGUUUGUCGGGCUUAAUGAGGUCCGCGAGGCUCAGACCAAGGUCACUGAGGCCGAGGCGGCAUUCAUGGUGGCCAGAGGGAUGGUGCGCGAGGCACAUGCCAGCCUGGAGGCCCUGCAGGGCAGGCUGAAGGAGGUCCGAGACCGGCUGGACAGAGUUUCCAGGGAGGAGGCUCACUACCUGGAGUUGGCCACGAUGGAGCACAAACUGCUGCAGGAGGAGCGUCGUCUACGGACAGCGUAUGAGAGAGCUGAGGGUUCGGAGAGGGAGAAGUUCGCCCUGUUUUCAGCAGCCGUCAGGGAGAGCCACGAAAAGGAGAGGACGAGGGCGGAACGGACCAAGAACUGGUCCAUCAUCGGCUCGGUGCUCGGAGCCCUGAUCGGAGUCAUGGGAUCGACAUACGUCAACCGUGUCCGUCUGCAGGAGCUGAAGAGUCUGCUGCUGGAGGCCCAGAAAGGUCCGGAGAGCCUGCAGGAAGCCCUCAGAGUCCAAGCUGGAAACCAUCGCUCCCAGCAGGACGAGCUCCGAACGCUUAUUGACAGCCUCAGAUUCACUCUGAAUGACGCCUUCACGCAGAGGGGCGGCGUCCUUCAGGACAAGGGAGGUCCGACCCCAGACUCACUCGGUGCCUCUCUUUCAGCCUUAAAAGACCUCCACGUCAGUAGCCAAAGGACCCAGUCCCUCCUGGAGUCCCUCCCGCCACAACUGGGACAACUGGAGCAAGGCGUUGGUAGAGUUGAGAGCGAAUUGUCAGUGGUGAAGAGGCUCCUGGACACCGCACCACCGGCUGAAACACAGGCGGCCGAGCUGCCGUUGGCAAGACCCGCGAGAGCAGAGAGACCAGAUGGGGGAGACCAGCGGGAAUCUGAGGCGGUGGUGAGGCGUCUGGAGGAGGCCCAGAGGACGCUGGGAGAACGAAUCAGAACAAACACUGUUUAUAAUGCUGUGUUUACCUACACCGCCACCGCCAUCACCAUCGCUGCCGUCUACCUGCUGCUCAGAGGGACUGCUUAGACAUGGUACCUCCAGUUUGAAUCUGUUCACCUGCACUGUAACACUGUCAUUCUCUGGGAGUAGCAAUCUGAAUUAUGUCAGAAUACAACAUUCACGUGAUUGGGAGUAACUCAGUUUCUCUAAUAAACUGGUUACAGGCGUCGAUUUGGGCUUAUCUACUGCCGCCGUUUACUGCACUACUGAAGCUGAGAUCGACUGGUCGCUUCUUAACACUUAAAUCCUGUGAUUUCAAGAUAAAACAUUAAAGGAAGUUAACAGGAGCCCUCA